GAUCAGCUGAUCGUCACUCAAAUAGUGAGCGCUCUCUCCCUGUCCUCCCUGUGCUCUCUCUGAGCAUUGGAUUCGCCACAGCGUUGAACAGUGAAUGCGUGGACGAGUGAGUGAGUGGUAGGUCUGAUCGGGUGAUGAGAUGACAGAGGAGUGGAGUGUCUGUGAGACCAGAUAUGUGCCACUCAUUGAGCGCAUUAUCCGAAGACAGCGCUCGUCAAGCGCUCCCUUCUUCUCGUUUGAGUUCUUUCCUCCGAAGACCAAAGAGGCGGCCAUUAAUCUGAUCUCACGAUUGGAUCGCUUCAGACAAUCGGAUCCCCUGUUCUGUGAUAUCACAUGGCAUUCGGCGGGUAAUCCGGGCUCUGAUUGCGAGACAUCGAGUAUAACCAUCGCUGGCGUUGCCCUCAAUUACUGUGGAUUAGAGACUAUGCUUCACAUCACUUGUGUUGGUCUCACUCGCAAUGAACUGACGAACCAUUUAGAGAGGGCUAAGACUCUUGGAAUCCGUAAUAUUCUUGCCCUCAGAGGAGACCAAACGUAUGGAGAGACAACUGGAGGAGAGUUUCGGUUUGCGUCUGAUUUGGUGCGAUAUAUCCGUCAAGAAUACGGCAAUUACUUCACUAUAGCAGUGGCCGGUUAUCCCGGUUCUCAUCCCGAGUCUGAAUCUCAAGAAAUGGAUCUCAAGUACCUGAAGGAGAAGGUGGACGCCGGCGCGGACUUCAUAAUCACUCAACUCUUCUUUAAGGCCCAAGUAUUCAUAGAUUUCGUACAAAAGUGUCGGCGCAUAGGAAUAGGAGUUCCAGUAUUGGCCGGAAUUAUGCCGAUCCAGAGCUAUGACUCACUCGAAAAGAUAGUGAAGCUCUCGAAGUUAGACAUUCCGGACGCCAUUGUAUCGGAUUUAAAUGCCAUCCGAAACAAUGACGAAGCCGUCAGAAACUAUGGCAUCGAUUGGACGGUCAGUCUGUGCCGACAAAUAAUAGCGGCGAAUGUGACGCCUGGCCUUCACUUUUAUACGUUGAACAGAGAACUCGCGACCACUUCUAUACUCAAACAAUUGGGUCUUUGGACCAAAUGCAUGAAACCGUUGCCAUGGCUUCCGGCGGCCAAUCAUAAGAGAUGUGCCGAAGAUGUGAGACCUAUAUUCUGGUCCGUCAGACCUAAAAGUUAUGUCUAUCGCACACAAACUUGGGAUGAAUUCCCAAACGGGCGGUGGGGUCGCGGAGAUUCCCCCGCUUUCACUGAUCUCAAGGAUUACUACCUCUUUCUGGAGGCAAAGAAAAGUAGAAACGAUUUGUUGGAAAUGUGGGGAAAAGAACUGAAUUGCGAGGAAGACGUUUGGCAUGUCUUCUACUGCUAUGUCUCCAGAAGUGCAAACAAAUGCAAUCAAAGCGUAUCAAUAAUUCCGUGGAAUAUGGAAGAACUUCGACCAGAAACUGAUCUCAUUGUCCAACAAUUGGCACAAUUGAACAAAAGAGGAAUUUUGACCAUUAAUUCACAGCCAAAUGUCAAUGGAGUGCCCUCUGACCACCCCAUCCAUGGUUGGGGCGCUCCCAACGGAUAUAUUUACCAAAAGGCGUAUCUCGAGUUCUUCACUCCAAAAGAGAAUAUUAAUGCCUUAAAAGAAGCGCUUAAAGCCUACCCUUUGGUUAACUAUCAAAUAGUGGACAAUUCGGGCAAACAUGAUUUCACAAAUUCUCAGUCGAAAACACCGAUAGCUGUGACGUGGGGUGUAUUUCCCGGCAAAGAGAUAAUUCAGCCAACAGUCGUGGACCCGAUUUCGUUCAAAAUAUGGAAAGACGAGGCAUUCGGGCUAUGGAUUCAAAAGUGGGCGCAACUUUACGAUGAAAAGAGUGGAUCUCACGCUUUACUCCACUAUAUUCACGAUAACUAUUAUUUAGUCAAUUUAGUGGACAAUGACUUUCCCAAAGAGUGCUGUUUAUGGCAACUCCUCGAAGAUAUGUUUGCCAUUAGACACCAAAAUGACAUCAAUACUAGUCUUUAA